AUGGAGGCGGACGGUACUAGCACAAGGAAGAGGAAGUCCGCCGCGCCUGAGGGCUGUCGUCCGGCGCCAGCGUCGGGAGCGGCCGAUCCUGGAUCGGGUGACGACGGCGGAGGCGGACCAGAUAAAGAUCUCGUUGACCGCAUCAGCAGCCUCCCCAACGAGAUCCUCGGAGAGAUAAUCUCCCUCCUCCCCAUCGAGCAAGGCGGUCGCACCCAGAUCCUCGCCAAGCGGUGGCGCCACCUCUGGAGCUCUUCGCCUCUCAACCUCGACUUCAAUCACAUCACCCACAGAUGGUAUAGAAUCCUUCCUGUUGUAUUACGCAUCAUUUCCUCCCACCAAGGCCCCGGCCGCCGGUUUCGCACUUGCGGGUUGCACACCCCAAACUACAAACAUGCCGUCGAAGCUUGUCUCCCGUCCCCCGCUCUCGACAACCUCCAGGAGCUCGAGCUCGCCAGCUGGCAGGGGCACCCGAUACCGCCUUCGGUCUUCCGCUUCUCGCCCACCCUCCGCUAUUUCCACAUCGAGGACUGCAGCCUCCCGGACGCCACCGUCCAGGGAAUUCAGUUUCCCCUUCUUAAGCAGCUCAGGCUUGUUCAUAGCAGCAUCUCGGAGGGCUCACUCCAUCGCAUGAUUGCCGACUGCCCCUCUCUCGAGUGCUUGCUAAUUUAUUCCUGCACUGGAUCACGUUCCCUCCGGAUCAACUCACCUGUCCUUACAAGCAUUGGAGUCAAAACUUAUUCCAAAGAUACACCCGUGUUAGAGGAACUCAUCAUUGAGAGUGCUCCUCGUCUUGAAUCGUUGCUCCAUCUUGAUGAGCACCAGGGUUUGCGUGUCUCCGUACUGUCCGCUCCUAAGUUGAAGACCAUAGGCUGCACCAACACUACCAGGCUUGUGUUUGGUUCUACUGAAAUUCAGGUACGUAACUGCGGCUAG